AUGGGUCUGUUGAAUUCUAAAAACCCUAAAGUCAAGCAAGCCCAGAUUCUUCUUCUGGGACUUGACUCUGCUGGGAAGUCUACUCUCCUUUACAAAUUAAAGCUUGCUAAGGAUACUAUGACCUUCCCCACUAUAGGUUUCAACGUGGAGAUGAUCGAGUUGGAAAAGAGCCUUCCUCUCACAGUCUGGGAUGUGGGAGGGCAGAAAAAAAUGAGAACCGUGUGGGGUUGUUACUGUGAGAACACCGACGGGCUGGUGUAUGUUGUGGACAGUACGGAUAAACAGCGAAUGGAAGACUCCAGGAGGGAGUUUGAGCGCAUUUUGAAGAAUGAACACAUUAAAAAUGUGCCUGUUGUUCUAUUAGCCAACAAACAAGAUGUGCCUGGGGCUCUGACUGCUGAGGACAUCACCAGGAUGUUCAAAAUAAAGAAGCUCUGCAGCGACCGGAACUGGUACGUGCAGCCCUGCUGCGCCCUCACGGGGGAUGGGCUGACUGAGGGGUUCAGGAAACUGACCGAGUUUGUGAAAAGCCACAUGAAAUCAAGAGCAGACGCGUUAGCAUUCUUCAAGCAGAACUGA